GCCGCGCGCUGGCGGUGGCGUGCGCGCUCGUCUGGCCCGUCUCCUACACGCCCUCUUGGCCCCGCUGCCCGCACGCCUGCAAAAUGGCGGCGCCCAGCGAGCCCGCGGGUUUCCCUCGCGGCGGUCGCUUCUCCUUCCUGCCGGGCGGCGCGCGCUCCGAGAUGACCGACGACCUGGUGACUGACGCGCGGGGCCGCGGCGCAAGGCAUAGAGACGACACCACCCCUGUCGCGGCCCCGGCGCCGCAAGGUUUGGAGCACGGGAAGCGACCGUGUCGGGCCUGCGUGGACUUCAAGUCGUGGAUGCGGACCCAGCAGAAGCGGGACAUCAAGUUUAGGGAGGAUUGUCCACAGGAUCGGGAGGAAUUGGGUCGCCACACCUGGGCUUUCCUCCAUACGCUGGCCGCCUAUUACCCGGACAUGCCCACGCCAGAACAGCAGCAGGAUAUGGCCCAGUUCAUACAUAUAUUUUCCAAGUUUUACCCCUGCGAGGAGUGUGCGGAAGACAUAAGGAAGAGGAUAGGCAGGAACCAGCCAGACACGAGCACUCGGGUAUCCUUCAGCCAGUGGCUGUGCCGCCUGCACAAUGAGGUGAACCGGAAGCUGGGCAAGCCUGAUUUUGACUGCUCAAGAGUCGAUGAGCGAUGGCGUGACGGCUGGAAGGACGGCUCCUGUGACUAGAGGCGUGUUGGGGCAUCUAGCUUCUAUGGGCAACCUGGCUAGUGAGGGACAGCCUGAUUGAUUAAAGUGCAUCUGAGCCAAGGCUUGUCUCUGUGGUGGGGGGAGGGAUCCCCAGAACACUGCCUAUGGGAACCCUACCACAGGAUUAAGAAACAGAGGUGCCUACUACAGACACUUGGGUGGCCUCCUCAGCUAAAGCCCCAUGGGACUGAAGGUGCCAGGCAGGAGUGGUCCACGGUGCCCCACAGCCUUUAUAACACCCAUUAUACAUCUGGGACAUAGUUGCCCCAAAGGAAGAUGGGCUAGACUGUGGCCUUCCUACUACCUAGCCCUGGCUGCCUACAGAACUGUGACCCUGGCAACUCUGCCAUUUCGGAAUCAAAGCAGGGUUCCCCAGCUCUAGCAGGGUUUUUCUUUUAGAAUGUACCAACCAUGGUACCCACUGUCAGCCUGGCACAUGGUCUUCUGCAGCUAUGACAAGCAUGUCAGCAGAGGAUCCUGGGAACAGCUUCCUUAGCAUUUGAGACCAAAAUAAAAUGAAGUGACUUAG